GAGAACUCCCGCAGUUUGCCGACGCUAUACCAAACAUUACCGCGGCUGUGGGACGUGAGGCUCGUCUGGAGUGUACUGUGGAGAACUUGGGAAAUUACAAGGUGGCGUGGAUUAAACUGAAUACCCAGACUUUGCUAACCAUCGACACAAAGGUCAUAACUCGGGAUAACCGGAUCCGCUCGACUAACAACAACUUCCGCCAGUGGUACUUGCACAUCCGGGACGUCAAGGAGGAUGACAGAGGCUAUUACAUGUGUCAAAUCAACACAGAACCAAUGAUCAACAUGAGAGGUUUUUUGGACGUACUCUUACCUCCAACAAUUCUAGAAAAUGGAACAAGUUCGGAUGUGAUGGUCAACGAAAGGUCAUCCGUCAGUCUGCACUGCACAACCACUGGUUAUCCCAAACCUAAAAUAUUUUGGCGGCGGGAAGACGGAAAGGACAUCAACCUCGGAUCGUUUGGUACAAAAUCUUACUCAGCUGCUAGGGUCGAGGGAAACUACUUGAACCUGACUCAUAUUACGAGGACGCACAUGGGGGCUUAUUUGUGUAUUGCUUCCAAUGGAAUCCCCCCUUCGGUCAGCAAGCGCAUCAUGUUGGAGGUUAACUUUCCUCCUAAAAUACGAGUACCCAAUCAGGUCAUCGGAGCUGCUCCAGGCAGUGACGUAAUAUUGGAAUGUAAAGUUCAGGCUUGGCCGCGGCCUAUGACUUCCUGGGUGAGAAAUGAAGAUACCCUCCUUCUUGCAAACUCUAAAUACCAACUAACAGAGGCGUACGAUUCCUACAACAUCGACAUGAAACUAAAAAUCAAUAAUCUUCAAAAAGAAGAUUUUAGUGCCUAUAAAUGUGGGGCUAAAAACGCAUUAGGGGACAAGGAAGGAUUUAUCCGUCUUCACGCAAUGGCUACCAAACAGACUCAGAAGAAGGAGAGAGAUGACUAUAUACACAAUGUAUCAAAGUCAAAAGAUCUGCACGAACUUACAAACAGCACUUCUUCCGAGAGUAAAAAUCUUAAUGUACCAACCACUAACUCUUUAACUGAUCAGUCUCGGCUAUCGCCAACAGUCAAGGAAUCGAAAGGAAACCUACCCAAAUCUGAAGGAUUGGACAAGAUGAACAAAAACAGUAAACCUCGUCAGCGAUCGGACGUGAAUUUUAACACCACAAACACAUGCGGUGGUAUCUUUCCCGAUACUAAGAACGUUUAUGCUUUGGUUUGGUUGGCUGUCUAUAGUUGGACUAGUCAGCUUUGAAGAACGUGAUUUGCUUGACAUGAGACUUCAUACUUCCAGCUGUGCCAUCAAACUUUUGUUAUCCAUAAGGAAGACAAAAAUCUUGUUUCUCAAUAUUCAAUGAUGUUGUCAAAGGAUAUAAGUAAUACCAUUACCAUAAAAGAUACGACCAAAGUACGGUAUCUUAAUCUUUUCCACUACAAAUACGGCAUUAGACUUUGUUCCACUACAAAUACGGCUUUAUUAUUGAAGGCUCAGCAUGUUGAACGACAGGAUAUUACGAGCUUGUUCCGAUGGGCCUUACCUGGUUUUGAUAAACUGUAAAAGGAGAAUUGUGAAUUUCAAUGUUCAUUAAGUACGUUUUUUUUCCGUUCAUAUUCUGUUCUGUAAUUAUACAUUUUGUCUGUCAGUAUUUUAAAAAGCUGGUGUAAGUGUGAUUACUUCCAGGUUUAUGGGGGUGAGAUCCCCAUGGAAGACGGGAAAGAAAUGACUGUUCAAUAGAUUAAUUAAAGCUACCAUGUAUACAGUACCUUCGAAUUAAUAGCUCAAUGUUGGUAACAAGACAUGUGCUCUUGGAUUGCUCACAAAAGCUCUAUACUUAUUUUUGGAUAUAGUGUAAAAAAAAAAAAAGGUUAUUGUAUGGUAGUGAUAGAAACCAUGGACAUUUUCUAAGUCUUGGUCAUGCUUUAAUGUUUAUAAUUUAAUUAUCUAUGUAUUAUUUAUUUUCAAAUCUUAACUAAAUUUACAUUGCCGUCUUCAUUUGGUAAGUAUUUAUUCUA